GGAAAUAUCUCGCUUGGGAAAAUUUGUUAACUUGGGCACAAGCGAUACGAGCGCAGGGAUGUAAACACUGCACAAAGUUAGCCGGUUAUAAUACAGAGAAGACCACAACAACAGUGGACACAGUCAGGCUGCUUGAAGCACCAGCUAAUCGCUGUAAAAAGAGCUAUCGUCGUCGCCCUGGCCUCCUCAAGUGACAUCCGGGAAAAACUGCGAAAGAAGGGGCGAGCUUUGCAAGACACUUUGGCCAAAAACAAAAAUGAGGACGACGUUCAGGCACUGGUUCCGUCCACCAAGUUGAGUGAGGAGAAACGACAAACCAUAAUGAAGGAACCUGAAGGCAGCGAGGAAGAUCCAGGAGAGACACUGAAACGCACGUUAAGGGCUCAGAGGCAGCGGCGGAAGAAAAGGCUGCUUGAGCAGUCUUCAGCCCAGGACUCCCAUGAUGAUGUUGAAGAGAUAUCCACCAUUCAGCCCCACAGUGAAGAUGAGGGAUCAGCUGACCCAGUGGUUUUGUCCAGACCUCCAACUGGUUCUCAGAGAGGUCUGUCCUCAAGAGUUCAACACACUGCCAGCUCUCACAAUUUGGACGAUUUUUUGAAGCGACGCUUGGAAGAGAAGCUGAGAGCAGCCAGAGCUAAAGGUGAGAGCCUUCAGCUGGAGGAGGCUGCUCUUGAGCCAGCCAGUCGCCUACAGAGCCUCAGAGACAGAGACACUGUAACAAGAUUUGACAGAGAGGUUGAUCCCGACAGAGCCGGAAGACAGGAUGUCCCUUUGGACCUCGGAACUAGGGUCAAGUUCCGAGAAGCAGCAAGACGAGCAGAAACAGGCCUACCGACUGCUGAGGAGGCAUACAACUUCUUUACGUUCAACUUUGAGCCAGAUCCACAAGAUAGGACAGAGAGGAUUAGCAGGAAAAGACAGAAACAGAAAAGAAAAUCUGAGGAGGACGGAGACGAAGAAGGGGGAAAUGAAGCUGAAGAGCAAGAAGAUGGUGAAGCAGAUGAAGAUGAAAACGAAGACCAGAGUGAAGAAGCUCCUCUUGUACGAGACGAAGAGGAUUUAUUCGUCAUUGAACAAUCGUCCCAAGACUUCCUGGAAGUGAGGAAAGCAGAGUAUGUUGGGUACCAGAAACUUAUUCAGAGAGAGAGAGGAAGUGAGCUUCUCUUUACACCAAGUUUUCGACCAGUUCCAACCUCCAUUAAGCUGCCUGAAAACAUGAAGCCUCGUUAUCUAGAGGACGAGGGUCUGUAUGUAGGGGAGAGGCCCCCUGUAUCCCUGACCAAUGAGAACAUUCUGGAGAACCGCAUUUUGAAAAUGGAAGAGGGAAAGAAGUGGUUUGGAGAUGAUGGCAGGAUCAUAGCUCUGCCUGACCCCAUAAAAGAAUCAUCCACAAGACCCCCUCUCUUCCACAUGGAGGAGGACCUGGACCCUGCGCUGCAGACCGUAUACAGGAAGGCACUGAAGUCCAAGUAUGCAAAUCUAUACAUUGCGGGUACAGUGGAUCCUGAAGGAGACUACCAACUUGAUGUUGAUGUCUCUGGGCUAAUCUUCUCCCAUCACCCACUCUUCAGUCGCGAACACGUCCUGGGGGCCUCUCUUGCUCAGCUGUAUGAUCAGUACCUCACCAGGCAGCACAAUAACCUCACAGGGCACCUGACUGACAAGUUGAAUGGAUUGAGGAGAGCACUGCGCAACAUGCUUGAGAUCCAUGGCGGGCAGAGCCUCUCUCAGACCAUGCAGCAGAGGAUAUCUGAGUACAGUCUGGAGGUUCGAAAUACCCGACAGCUGCGAGACACGGAGCAGGAGAAAGACCGGACACUGCUGAAGAACAUAGUGAAAGUUUGGAAGGAGAUCAAGGCCCUGCGAGAGUUUCAGAAGUUCACCAACACGCCUUACAAGCUCUACCUCAGGAAAGAGAAUGUAGACCGGGCAUCAGACGAGCGGGAGUAUGAAGAUGAAAUCUCGGCAGAGGUUGUGGAAUUGGAGGCUGAGAGCGAGGACGACUACCAGAGAAAGCUGGCCGAGUACAAGAAACAGCUGGAGGAGUGGAAGCUCCUGAGAAGAAAACAGAAAGCCAAAAAAAAGAGGAGAAAAAAGAAGAAGAAGGGCCAGGCACAGGACGACACAGAAGACGAUGAAGAUGAAGAAAGGGAGUUGAGCGAAUCAGAGGGACCCGUUGACGAAGCCCCCCCAAAGCCAGAGCCUCCUAAGAACCCAGACUUUGACUCUAUCGAGCAGCAAGUCAGAGAAAAAGCCUCCAGGAUACGCAGGAAACCAGGAGAGCCCCUCCUGAUCCCUGAGCUGUCUGCAUCUGGAAACAUCACGGCCAGUGAACUCUGCCCCAGGGCCGAAGUAGCUCGAAGAGAGGACGUUGCACGACGCUCGCUUUUCAUCAAGAUCCUAUACAAUGACAAAGAGGUUUCCCGAACUGACAGCCGCUCCCUGAACGCUGAUUUCAGGGUCCACUUUGGUCAGAUUUUCAAUCUCAAGAUUGUUAACUGUCCCCAAAGUAUCAAUUUACAGGUGUUUGAGGAGAUUGGAUCGUCAUGUUUCCUGCUGGCUCAAGUGUUCGUCCCCGUACCACAGCCCUCGGUCUUGACGGGAACCGUCCCUCUUGAGGAAUUUGAGUUUAGCAGCAACCAGAGAGUCAUGUUUGACCACGAGGGAGUUGGAAGUGAUGUCCCCCUCUCUUUCGAAGCUGAUGGCAGUAACAAACAGACCCUGCUGACCUCUGGUAAACUGUCGUGCUGUGUUUCUUGGGGAGUUGGGGAGGAUGAUGUACCACUCGCCCCUCCUGUGUCUCAACAACCUGGCGGCAUACACAGUGGCUUGGGCCGUCUCGAUGCUGUCACAUAUAUUGGGGCAUCAGGACUCUACGACAUGAAAAAAAUUGGGGAGUGGGCAACACAGUCACGACUGGACCCCAACGAUCCAAAAAAUGCCUCCAUCAUGCAUCUGCUGAAAGUGGCCAGAAGUGGAGAGGUGACAACUCCAGAGUACUUCCGUCUUGAACAGCUCCAGGAGGAGUUUAACUUUGUGACGGAUGAAGAGUUUGAGAGGUCCAGAAGAUUUCGCCUGCUCAGGCUCAGGAACCAAGAAGUUGCAGAGUUUCGAAAUUACAAAUAUGUUCCUGCUCUGGAGAGGGAGGUCACUUAUAAGGUGUUCCAGGAUUAUGAGAAGAGACUGAAAGAAGGAGAGAUAAUUGACACCAAAGAACAUCUGGAUUCACACAGAGCUUUAGUUGCCAAAUACCUUCAGAAGAUCCGAGAAUCAGUCAUCAACAGAUUUCUGCUUGCCAAGCAUCACUACCUCCUGUCUGACUUGGUGAUUGAAGAGGAGAUACCAAGCAUUGGGAUUCUGGGAAUCAACCUUUUCAAGCUGGCUGAACCCAAACGGCCGCUGAAACCUCAGAGGAAAGAAAGAAAGAAGGUGACGGCUCAGAAUCUGUCCGAUGGAGACAUCAAACUGCUGAUCAACAUCAUUCGGGCUUAUGACAUCCCCAUCCGCAGACCUCAGACCAAUAAACGGGGACAGUCGCCUCAGAACGCCAUCGAGGGCAGUGACUGGCUCCUCAGCCAGGUACAAGUGAGGCCAUUUGUGGAGGUUUCCUUCCAGCGCACAGUGCUUCAAACAACCACGGCAGAUGGACCGAACCCCUGCUGGAACGAGGAGCUGCAGCUGCCAUUUAGCGCCCCAAACGGUGACUACAGCACCGCUGGCUUGCAGUCAGUCAAAGAUGAAGUCUUCAUCAACAUAUUUGAUGAGGUGGUUUAUGAGACUGGAGCGAAUGACAAAGGUAAAUCAAUACGGAUGGAGAAACACUGGUUAGGCUCCGUCAAGAUUCCCUUCAGCACCAUUUAUUCUCAGUCCAGGAUUGAUGGAACAUUCAAGGUGAAUACACCAGCAGUUCUGCUGGGGUACAGUAAGGAGCAGAGCCACGGCACCAGUGGUGGUUAUGAUAUUUUGCGGAGCCUGAGCGAGGGAACAUUCAUCACACUGUUCAUCACCAUCGAACCUCAGCUGGUGCCUGGGGAGUCUAUCAGGGAGAAGAUAAAGGAAGUGAAGUUUGACAGCCAGGAGGAUGAGCGUUUACUGCAGGCUUCAGAGAAAUUUGAGAGGGAAGCAGCACAGGGAUAUCCGGACCGGCCCUGCAUUACCACCGUCAUAGACCUCAACGGGAAGACGGUCUUCAUCACGCGUUACAUUCGACCGCUCAACCCCCCACAAGAGUUACUAGACGUAUUCCCUAAUAACCCUCUGGAAGCCACGACGCUGGUCGCACGAUUCGUCUCGCUCAUCCCGUCUCUGCCAGACAGAGUUUCCUUUUCUGGUGCCUGUGACCUGUGGAGCACCUGUGAUCAAUUCCUCACCCUCCUGGCAGGAGAUGAAGAAGAACAUGCUGUACUGUUGUGCAACUACUUUCUCUCUAUGGGCAAGAAAGCCUGGCUGAUGAUUGGCACUGCGAUACCAGAAGGACCCACAGCUUAUGUCCUGACCUUUGAGCAGAGCCGCUACCUGAUCUGGAAUCCCAGCAGUGGUCAGUACUACGGCCAGUACGACACCUUCUGCCCACUGCAGACUGUUGGCUGCCUGGUCAAUGCUGACAAUGUGUGGUUAAAUGUUCAACAGUACACCUCACCAAUGAGGAUAAGUUUUGACAUCACAAAAGCCAAUUUGUGGAAACCCUUUUUCUCCCGGUCCUUCUCCCACCCUGGGCUGUCUAGUGUACAGCCAGAGGAGCUGGUAUAUCGACGCAUAGACAAAUCAGCAGCAGCAGAGCUUCAGGACAGAAUUGAGAAGAUCCUGAAGGAGAAGAUCAUGGAGUGGCGCCCUCGCCAUCCAACCCGCUGGAACCGCUACUGCACCACCACCCUGAAACAAUUCCUGCCCAAACUGGAGCUGAGCAGUGGGCGGGACGUGGCUGAGGGGCACCGCCACGAGUUGCAGAGCCUGCUGGGAGACAACAGGAUUUCAGGAUUCCCCCUGCAUCUGCCGUUCUCCGAGAUUCGGCCCAUCAUAGAGGCAGUGUACAGCACUGGAGUUCACAACAUUCAGGCAUCCAAUCUGGAGUUUGCCCUGGCUGUGUACGUGCACCCCUACCCCAACAACGUCCUAUCUGUGUGGGUGUACCUGGCCUCACUUAUCCGCACAUGAUACAAGAGACACUCAUUUAUCUCUCUGUGAACUUCAGCCUUAAUAAAGCUGAUGACACUACUCGCAUGUUUGCAGAUGACUGUGCAGUACAUCACAUGUGUGAAAGGGUCUGUCAGGUAAAUUUUAAUAUUUAGUAAUGAGUUUAAUAUCGACACAUCAAAUCCCCCUUUCUGUUAGAGAGGAGCCAUUUGAGGCUAUGGCAUGUGUUCAUAUACAUGGAGGAACAGAUUUAUAUAAAUAUAGCUGUAUAUACAUGUAUAUGGUUAACUGAUAACUCAGUAUGCUGGGUUCUUGAAAUGCUCCCAACAUAAAUAUUUUGCGAAACUAUGUCACAUUUGCAAAUUUUGUG